UUGUCACGAUAAAUCGAAUUAGAAUUAAUGGUGUUUUUUUCCUCUUUGUUUUUAAAUAUAAACGGUGCAAAGUUUAAUAAUUGUUUUUAACAUUCAGAAAUUGUGCCGCAUUUGAACAACCUCGAAAAACAAUAUAAUAUAUGAAAUUAGUCAUAAUAAAGACAUAUUAAUACACAUUAGACUACAAUAUUAUUAUAACCUACCUAGGUGUAUAUUGGGAUUACUUUGCUUGUAUUUACCGCGACAUUGUAUUACGUUCGAAUGAUUUGUUUGAUAUUGUCGUUACUUAACAAAAACUGUAAUAAUAAUAUUGAAUAGUAAAUGAUAAAAGUUUUUUGUGCUGUUUGGGUCAAUAAGUUUGUUUUAGGUAAUUGCGGUGGGUUGGUGAGUGAGGAGGGAUGCGAGUAAGACGUGAAUAAGCACCGAAACGGACAUGUUAUAAUAUUUUACUCGAAAGUCGAAAUGACUGACAUUUGAAACAUAAUGUACCUACCUAUUAUAACUUAUAAUAAUAUACGAACGGGUAGGUACAAUGUGUGUGUGUGUGUGUGGCAUCUGUCGUCUGGCCUAGCUCGUAUUUAUUUGUUAUUAUCACUGUUUAAAUAAAAACACCAUUAUUGUAAUCGAACUGUGUUUUAUUCCAGCCCGAGCAAUCGAUACGUCUUAUCCCUUCCGGCCUUUGCCGCGGCGGUGGUCGUGCAGUUUUUCCGGUCAAACGUUUCGCGUCGCGGACCCUACUCCGUCCACAUUUAUAAUAAUAUAUAUACAUCUUAUCCGUGUGUAUUUCUGACAGCUCGUGGCGACAACGUUUUGCAUCGGUCGCCCACGCUCAGAUCGGCCGUCGAAUGAACGAGUUGGACGACGUUGAACGCGAAUCCAGUUCGCCACUGGACUUUGGCGUGGCGGACGUGAUCACCACGACUAUCGUGUACCUGACGUGCACCGUAGCGGUGUACCUGCUGUGCACAUUCGUGGAAGACGACACUGACGAAGCGGCCCCGCGACCGCCGGACGGCACCGGGAGACCGGCCACUGCAUCACCGCGACCGGCGGCAUCAGUAGCGUCGGAGACACCGGCGGCAGGAGCCGGGGGAUCAGGAGCAGCGUCGGCUGCGCAGCCGACGCCACCGGCCGCGGAUACGGGAGACGCGUCGCCGGCCGCGGUGCCGGACAUCAUGGGACGCGAGAAACGCCGACGGUGAUCGGUGUCGCGGCCAAUGAACGGCCAACCGACCGCGAGCGCCGCGGCCGUGGCGCUGACCGUGGCGAUCGUGGCCGUGAUCGCGCUGUGGACGCCCGCAGCGUCUGCGGCCACGCUCACGCGGGUCGUGCAGACCCGGUACGGAAAGCUCCAGGGCGUGGUGCGCACCGUAGACGCGGCCGUGUCCGCGGCCCCCGGCGCACCGCCGUCCGCCACCGUCGACACGUUCCUAGGGGUGCCGUACGCCACGCCGCCCGUCGGCUCCAACCGUUUCGGUCCCACUCGCACCCCGUCGCCCUGGGACGGCGUCCGCAUGGCCGACGCCCCUGGCCCCGUUUGCCCGCAACGCUUGCCCGACGUGUCCAACGAGACGGCGGCCCUGCACCGCAUGCCCGUCGGCCGACUCGUCUACCUCAAGCGGCUGUUGCCGUACCUGCGCAACCAGUCCGAGGAUUGCCUGUACCUGAACAUCUACGCCCCUUCCCAAGGGAGCAGAAUCGUCCGCAAGUAUCCCGUACUUGUUUUCAUACACGGCGAAUCGUACGAGUGGAAUUCCGGAAACCCUUACGACGGCCGAGUGUUGGCCAGCAACGCGGAAUUGGUCGUGGUCACUUUGAACUACAGACUCGGCAUAUUGGGAUUUUUGAACGCCAAUGGUUCGCCCAACUCGAGGGCCCGAGUGGCCAACUAUGGACUGAUGGACCAAAUAGCUGUGCUCCACUGGGUGCAGCAGAACAUUGCACUGUUCGGUGGAGAUCCGGAGAACGUUUCUCUGAUGGGUCACGGGCCCGGAGCCGCUUGCAUAAAUUUCUUGAUGAUAUCGCCGACCGUGGUCCCAGGAUUGUUCCGUCGGGCGAUACUGCUGUCGGGCUCGGCGCUGAGCAGCUGGGCCCUGGUCGAGGACCCCGUGUCGUACGCACUGGACCUGGCCAAGCAGGUGAACUGCACAACCGACGGGACCGGAAACAACCCGGAACCGAUCGUGGACUGUCUGCGGGAAGUGCCCCUGGACCUGUUGAUGUCCGCUGGCGUCGCGUUGCCCACGUAUCUGAGCGCGUUCGGGCCCAGCGUCGACGGGGUGGUGGUCAAGAGCAACUACCAGGAGGACGUCAUCACCAACCUGCUGCCAGAGUUUGACGGAUACAGCGGGUCCAGCGUGGCAUUUGGAGCCCGAAAGUUUCAAAAGUUUGAGUUUGGCAGCGGCAUCAACAAGUACGACCUGCUGUUCGGCGUCGUCACAAGCGAGGCCCUCUGGCGAUUCAGCUCCAACGACAUACAGGCCGGCUUUGAAGGUGACCGCCGAGACAAGAUCCUGCGCACGUACGUCCGGAACGCAUACAGCUAUCACCUGUCCGAGAUAUUCUUCACCAUCGUCAACGAAUACACGGACUGGGAGCGGACAGUCCUGCACCCGAUCAACACCAGGGACGCGACGAUUGCGGCUCUGAGCGACGCCCAGUACGUGGCUCCUCUGGUGCACACGGGUGACAUGCUCAGCCAGCCGAAGACACCUGCCGCCGAUGACCUGAACAAGGACCGGAGGACCAAAUCGUUUUUCUACGUUUUCGACUAUCAGACCAGGGACGGCGACUAUCCUCAGAGGAUAGGUACUGCUCACGGAGAAGAGCUUCCAUAUAUGUUCGGCGCUCCAAUGGUAACUGAUGGCAUGAAUCAUUUUUCCAGAAAUUUCACAAAAGCAGAAGCUUUAUUGUCUGACGCUAUGAUACUCUACUUGGGAAACUUCGCAAGAACUGGGGAUCCAAACGAUCACGAUGAUAAGCCCGACUCCGGGUCCAAAGAGCGGAACAGGUUUCGAAGCGUCACGUGGGAUGAAUAUGAUCCGGUGCACCAAAAGUAUUUAGAAAUAAGCAUGAAGCCCCGGAUGAAAAACCACUUCCGGGCGCACCAGCUGUCCGUGUGGCUGCGGCUCAUUCCGGAACUGCACCGGGCCGGUAUGGAGGACGUGAUGCUGCGGCACAACCUGUUCCGGAACCACGACGACGCGGAACUGUACGAGGGAGUGGUAAGGCCGGACCCGCUGUCCCGACGAGCGCCACAGCGGGCCACGGUCAACCGAUUCACGGCCAACGGUACGGUGGCCGAGGUGGUGCAGUCGCUGACGACCACGGGUAGGCCGCAGUGGCCGGCGGCGGAAGCGACCACGUGCUUGCCACCGGCGCGCGGCUCGAACGCGGCCAACGCGUCCACGUCGGCCGAGGACGCGCUGGCCACUCUGGGGGCGGCCGGCUACGCGGCCUACUCGACAGCGCUGCACGUGACUAUUGCGCUAGGAGUGUCGCUGCUGGUGCUCAACGGCCUACUGCUGGUGAUCAUCUGUUAUCAGAAGGACAGGUUUAAGUGUCUGCAACAUCACCAGCAGCACCAGCACCAACAAACGGUCGGUGGCCAGGAGGAUUCGGUCAGGUACAAAGCGGCCACCGUGCCGGACGACCGACUGCAGCAGUCGGCCGCGGUGGUGGUCGACAAGGCGGGCGGAUACGACGGGCGCCAUCAUCACAUGCAGCACCAUCACCAUCCGCCAGCUCAGCAGAUGCACCUGGCCGCGGACGCGGUGGCCGUGGACAUGGAACAGAGGCAUCACCACCACCAUGGGGCUGCCGGCCACCAUCAGCACCACCACAUGCACCACCAUCACGUACCGGCCGCCGCCGGGGGACAGCAUCCGCCGCUACCUCAGACGACAGCGACGAUGACGACAACGACGCAACAACAACAGCUUUCGGCGGCCACAGCGGCGGUGCGCAUGGCCGCCGGACACGACAUGACGUUCCCGAAGGCGGCCAAACCGUCGUCCAGACUGCUACACGACCACCAGGUCGGUGGCGGCUCGGGCGGCUGUCCACCUAACGGGUCGCUGGUGCACGGCACGCUGCCCAAACCGCCUCCGCCGCCCAGGUCAUCAGUGGGUGUGCAGUCGCAGGAGUCGCAGCCUCUGCUCGUGCAGCAGGGCGUGGGCAUCGGGCAGAUGCCCAAAACCGGCACGCUCAAGAUGCCCGUGGCCGCCAUGAGUGAAAUGAGGGUCUGACCGUCGCUUCGGUCGCUUCUACUUCACGUGCUGUCGCCGUGUAUAAUAAUAUGAAAUGGUACGACGCGCGACGGUUAUCAUACAGCACGUCGUGUUCGUUGUUCUCAUGGUCCUAUUGUCGUUGUCGUGGUUGUGGUUGUCGUCGACCCCGCAGUAUUAUAAAAUAAAACGAUAUUAUCGUUCGACUUGAAAAUACUUACGGGCUUGAAGACGUGUGGCCGUCUACCGACGCGGUUCAUCGCAGCACCGGCAAAUGACGCGCCGCCGGUCGUAACGCGCGCGUUGGGCCUAUAUUAUAUUCGUACCGCGGGCUCUGAUACCGCCGCCGCCGGUAGCGGUAUCAUUAUACCAUGUAAAUAAUAAUAACAUUUAUACUUACUAUAUUAUAACAUACUAAAUCGGUAUAUUCCGAUACGUAUUAUUGUUGUGUUGUGGUUCGUCACUGUCGUAGUGGCCGAAAACGGUAUAAUUAUAAUAUUAUUACGUUUUGUUCGUUUUAAUUAUAAAAAAAACACCUAUGAUUAUUAUAUUUAUGUUAUUAUUCUGUAUAAUAGAUGUAUUUGUAACGAUAUAAUCAAUCGCGUUUGACGGUACGCCAAUAAUAUUGUGGUUCUGUAGUAUUGUAUUGAUACUGUAAUAUUUGAUUCGCGCAAAUGUGGGUCCUCCAACCGGACGUGCCGAGAGUUUUAUGCCCGCGAACGGUCAACGGUGACCAAUAAUACGGCCGGAUCGUGGUCCAACGCCUAUGGCGACGUUUUUAUUGGUUCGAUUUUAUUCUGAAACGUACACGACAUGUCACGACCUGUUUGUCAUUAUUUGUAUGACCGUGCGUAAUAUUAUGUUAUAGACUUUAGACGAUUCAAAUAUAUAACGGACAAAAAUCAUUUGAUAAAUCGUAUAACAUAUAGGUAGGUAAUAUUAUUAUGUCGAGCAGGAAGUAAAUCACACACCUUUAAAUCCCACGAUUUCAUCGUUUGUAAGGGGAUUUAUAAAUAAGUCUCUGGGAUAGGUUUAUCAUCGUAAGGUUGCGAAAAAACGAAAUCAGCUGUUGAUCUACUCGCUAUCAAAUCAAACCGUAGAAGCUGCUGCUCAACAAAAUAUGCGAUAUACAUCAACUCGUCGGACAAUAUAAUAUACGUAAUUAUUAAAAUAUUAAAAAGAGUUGAUGCUAGUAUAAUGUAAAUAACUGCGGGAAGAUCUAUAAAUAGAA